UUAGUUUGGGUAGAGGAAGAGGGUGCCAUACUACAGUGAUACAGCGGGUUUAGCAUAGGAGAGCUGUAGUCUUUCCCCGUUCUUUGUUUCUAAGAUGCUUUCAGCUCAGAAUUUUGGAGGUCCUGGGAAGAUGAAGGAUUAUCAUUAUACCGGCGCAGUAGAAAACCGAUUUUCACCUUACGCUUUCAACGGAGGAACUGUGCUAGCUGUUGCUGGAGAAGAUUUUGCCAUCGUAGCAUCUGACACCAGGCUUAGUGAAGGCUACUCCAUCCACAGCCGUGACUCCCCCAAAUGCUACAAGCUGACAGACACAACUGUCAUUGGCUGCAGUGGUUUCCAUGGUGACUGUCUUACACUGACAAAAAUCAUUGAUGCCAGGCUAAAGAUGUACAAACACUCAAACAACAAAACUAUGACCAGUGGAGCCAUCGCAGCCAUGUUGUCCACCAUCUUGUACAGCAGGAGGUUCUUCCCAUACUACGUCUACAACAUCAUUGGAGGACUGGAUGAAGAAGGCAAAGGAGCAGUGUACAGCUUUGACCCCGUAGGCUCCUACCAAAGAGACACCUACAAGGCUGGAGGAUCUGCCAGCGCCAUGCUGCAACCAUUACUAGACAACCAGAUUGGUUUCAAAAACAUGGAGGGGGUGCAGCAUGUUCCUCUGACUCGGGAAAAAGCUGUUCAGCUGGUCAAAGAUGUCUUCAUCUCGGCUGCAGAGAGAGACGUCUACACUGGAGAUGCCCUUCGCAUCUGCAUCAUCACAAAAGAGGGCAUCAAAGAGGAGACAAUACCACUGAGGAAGGACUGAGGAGGACAAAAUGAUUUGGUUUCCUCUUCAUCUAUUCAACAUUCUGCUUAUUUGGCCUCUUUACAAAUGUCUCCCAACAUAGCACUGUUGAUCCAGAGGUUGAUAAAAUCCCCAAAUCCCCAUGUCUAUUUGGCUAUAAACUAGAGGGAGGAUUUGUGUUUUUCAUUCCCCCUACUUACAAUAUACUGCUUAUAUGGUCUGUCAGCCUUCUAUAGGAUCAGCAUUCCUAUUUUCAGAAACCAGCUAAUUCCUCAUCUUGCCUAGACUCUUCCUCUGGAUGUUCACUUAUGGUUUGGACGGAGACGUGUUCAGCUAUUCUUUUUACAUUCUUAAUAAAUAUAAACAAUUCAAGAACUCUA